CCGAGGAGCUCCUUUGGAAGAGAGGCGUUUGAUUACUAACUUAUACUACUAACUUAUUUUACUUACGACAUAUUACUAACUUAUUACUACUAACUUAUUUUCUUGUCGUAAUCGAUUGAAAAAUAUUCAUAAUGAAUCGCUUGUCAGUUUAUUUCCCAUUGGGAAUAAUCUUACUUGCAACAAUUUGGUCAGCUGAAGGGUUUCCUUGUCAGGGGUGUCACCAAUACAGUUGCCAGCCAAUCAAGCUCAGUAGAUGCAAAUGGGGAAUUGGUCCGGACACCUGUGGCUGCUGCCAAGUCUGUCUCAAAGGUCCUGGUGAAAUGUGUGGAGGUUCUGGAGGAUCAUGGUCACCAAGCGGUCAGUGCGGGCGGGGACUCCACUGCAUGAUGCAAAAUCCUUACAAUUCAGGAUAUCCAGGCUAUUCAGGAUAUUCAGGAUAUUCAAGAUAUUCAGGAUAUCCAGGGUAUUCAGGAUAUUCAGGAUAUUCCUCCAAUUCAGUUGGAGUCUGCCAGUACAGCAACCUCCAGCCAAACUUCGGCAAGUCGCGCAGUAAAGCAGCAAACAUUGCAUCGCUACUAGGACAAGUGCUUUUUUCUCUGGGUAAAUGAAAGCAUAUGGCACUCGAGUCAGAAAAUUUAUUAACCCAGGGGAUUGAAAACUAUCAAGGGAACGACGAUCACAAAUGGACAUUCUAGAUUAUCUGAGAACAUGAAAUACCGAAGCUGAAGAAAAAUUAAUAUUACUGUUAUUAUGUUCGACACAUUUCUGUGUUCAAGUGACAUUCUAUGGCUAGUGGUCUGAUUUCCUCAAUGUCUAAUCCAAUCUAGUAACUGAUAAAAAUAUGUUAAUCUAACGGAACCUAAUUUUCCUGUUUUUGUAAUAUAUCUGAAAGUAUUUUUGUAGAUUCGAGAUAAUUUAUGGCCAAUAAUGCACAAUUUUUAAUUUUUA